AUCCCAGAAAAAGCUCAGAAAUGAAAACAGUCUUCUCAGGGCCCAGUAUGAGUCGAUGUUCGAGGAAGAAAGACGCUUUAGUGAACGAAGAGACCAGUUUGCAAAACAAUUUGAAAGAUUAUCUAAUGAAGUCACUGAAAAACUCGACCGCGUGACAAAGCGCUUGGUGGAAAUACAAAGUUUGGGAGAGGAGGAGGAAAAUAUGCAAGAUGUAUUGGAGACUGCAGAGAGUUCAUAUUUGAGAGCAAUAGAAUCACUGGAGUUAACGUUACAGAGUGAAGCUGAAAGGAGCAAAAUGCUCCUGGAUCAACUGAAUGAAAUUUCAGAAAGAUACAAGAAACUGCAGAUCGACCACGAGGAAUUCAUGAGGCGCACAGAGGAAGAGACUGAAGCCUGUCAAAGGCUGUAUGCGGAGCUGUUGAAGCAGAUUGAAGCACUCCAGAUAGAAUUAUCGCAGACUGAAGAGGAGAUGAAGACCCUCAGCAAUCAGUUUAAUGAAAAAGAUGCUUUGUUUAAAAAAUUUGAUGCCAGCAUCACAGCAGAUCUCAAGAGGCUGGAGGAUCAAUAUAACACCAAGCUGGAACUUUUACAAAAACGGGAGGAGAAGCUCAGCGUGAGUCUCCCAGUCUCGGAGAAACUGCAGAUGGAGCUACGGGAAACCACCACCACCUUCGAAGGCCAGAAAGACUUGUUUACAGGACUGAAAGAGGAAGAGCUCACUCUGGCCAAGUCCACAGCACGCUCUGUAAAGGAGGUUGAUAGGCUCAGAAGGCUAAAGGGUUAUCUCAAGGGUGAAAUUCAUACCCGCCGGACAGUAGCGUACGGGCAGCUGAACACAUUUUCAGAGUCUCUGAAGUUUCUUGAGAGAGACAGCUAUGAGAUAAACAGGAAGCUCUACAUUGUGAAUGCAGAGAACGCCCGAUUUAGAGAAGCCAUCGCUCAUCUGAGAGCAGAAAUUUCCACUCUGGACAGCGAGGCAGAAGCCUAUCGAUCAAAACGACAGGAAGUCCAGAAGGAAGUGAUAGCCCUUCACGAUCUUUUUGACAAGAGGUGGUCAGAGGAUAAGCAACUUUCGCAGCUUUUCCUGAAGAGGGAGCGUAAAAUCCUGAAGGCACUGGAAGAGCAUGGUGAAAGAUUUAAAAAUCGAAAUGCAUUGGUGACCUAUGUGGGCAGUGGGUUGCAGCUGAACUAUGAGGGGCUGACGUCUUUGUUAAAAAGGCAAUCCAGCAUGGAGUUAAAGCAGGGGAGCUCUCCAACCACAUCUUCCACCACUACAUAGCCCCUGGAACUUUGGAGAAAAGCAACACGGCUAUUAGGGCAGAGGGAAGCCCGGUGUUUCUGCUACUGUUCUGUCA